GGGACUCUGCUGCCCAGGCCGGCCGGGCGCGAGCCGGAGUGCUUGGACCCCACCCUCGGGGCACCGGGCGCCGGGACCUGCUCCUGCUCCCGUGAGAAGGAGGACCCUCCGCACUCCCGGGACAGCCAGAAGAGAUCGCCGCAGGGCACGCGCUGUCCCUCCCACGCUGGCUCUGGAGGAGACCCCCAGAAGUCGGGAAGGGCAGUGGGACCUGAAGGACCCGGAGGGAGAUCGCCCCCACUCCUCAACGCACUCCAGACAGUUCGGGACUUUGGAGGCAGUGAGAAAGGGAGCCGUGCCCGUGGAGUCAGCACCCCGCAUCCCACCCCGUACUCACCGCGGAGAGGCGUCCUGACACGCACAAGCCAGGACCCUCCAGGGAACCGCCAGCAAUCCGUUCCAGUUUGCUGGAGAGUGGAAGACCUCUCGCCCCUCAACUUCCGUGCACCUAGACAGUGGACCCGGGCAGAGCCCCUCAGCUCAGAUCUCUAGCAGACAGAAAGAGCCCUCAGCCCCUGAAAGAUCCAGUUUGGGGGGGAGGGGGAUUCCCCCAAAGGGGAGGAGACAACUCCUGGUUGGGAGAGGCUCCUCCCCUCCUCCCUAGGGUAGCAGGCAGGGUGUGGGGGGUGUGCCACCUUCCCCAGGUAGGUCCUCCCUCUCCCCCUCCUCCUCCUUCGGCUCCUCUUCCUCGGGGGACUCAGUGCCCCGCUCCAGCUUGGGAGGCUCUGCCAGGCGCUGGAAGAGUCACAGAGGAUGAGACCCGUCACCCACCUGUGAAGAGGGGAAUCCCUGCAACCUCAAACUUCUGUACCAGGUGGUUUUCUCCGGUGGCGGCCGGGGGAAGCGUGGAGGCAGGGCAUGCCUUCGUCAGCUUAAUGGCCAGCAGAGGUCUUCCUUCCAGUCUGCUACACUGACAGUUUGCCUGUCAGUCUGUCCCCACCCACUCUCUCUAUCUUGGCUACCAGGAGGCCCUUCUGACAUCCCUGCUUCAGGCUGGAUAUCUGCCAUCCAAGGGGAAAUGUGAAUCCACAUGUCCCGAGAACCCAGAAGCACAAUGGCCUCCGACCUAGAGAGCAGCCUCACCUCCAUAGACUGGCUGCCCCAGCUGACUCUCCGAGCUAGUAUUGAGAAGCUUGGGAGCGCUUCUCAGGCUGGGCCUCCAGGGGGCAGCCGAAAGUGCUCCCCAGGCUCUCCCACGGAUCCUAACGCCACCCUCAGCAAAGAUGAGGCAGCCGUCCACCAAGACGGCAAGCCGAGGUACAGCUACGCCACCCUCAUCACCUACGCCAUCAACUCCUCUCCAGCCAAGAAGAUGACCCUCAGUGAGAUCUACCGCUGGAUCUGCGACAACUUCCCCUACUACAAGAACGCUGGCAUUGGCUGGAAGAAUUCCAUUCGACACAACCUUUCUCUUAACAAGUGCUUCCGGAAGGUGCCCAGACCUCGGGAUGACCCUGGGAAGGGCUCCUACUGGACAAUUGACACCUGCCCGGACAUUUCCCGGAAGAGAAGACACCCUCCAGAUGAUGACCUAUCCCAAGACUCCCCAGAACAGGAGGCCAGCAAAAGCCCCCGGGGAGGUGUUCCAGGGAGUGGAGAAACCUCGCUGCCUCAUGAGGGGAAUCCUCAGAUGUCACUACAGAGCCCUUCCUCCAUGGCCAGCUACAGCCAGGGCCCAGGGUCUGUGGAUGGCGGAGCAGUGGCAGCAGGCGCUCCAGGCCGAGAAAGCACAGAUGGUGCCCCUCCCCUCUACAACACCAACCACGACUUCAAAUUCUCCUACUCAGAGAUCAACUUUCAGGACCUAAGCUGGUCCUUCCGCAACCUCUACAAGUCCAUGCUGGAGAGGUCCUCCUCCUCCCAGCACGGGUUUUCCUCACUCCUGGGAGACAUGCAGCCUUCUAACAACUACUACAUGUACCAGCAGCCACCACCUCAGCAGCAGCAGCAGCAGCAACCGCAGCCGCAGCCGCCGCCACCCCAGCAGUCACAGCCACAGCAGCCCCAGGCACCCACUCAGGGCCCCUCCGCUGUAGGGGGUGCCCCUCCACUGCACACCCCAAGCCCUGAUGGUUGUACGACACCAGGGGGAAAACCGGCUGGAGCCGAAGGCUACGGACCCCCCGGUGUGAUGGCCAUGCAUCCUCCCCCACUGCAGCACGGAGGCUACCACCCUCAUCAGCACCAUGCCCACCCCCAUCCUGCCCAGCAGCCACCGCAGCAGCAGCAGCAGCAAGCGCAGAGCCAGGCGCCCAUCAACAGCUCUGGCUUUGCCUUUCCUCCAGACUGGUGCUCCAAUAUCGACUCCUUAAAGGAAAGCUUCAAAAUGGUGAACCGACUGAACUGGUCGAGCAUUGAGCAGUCCCAGUUCUCAGAGCUGAUGGAGAGUCUACGGCAGGCCGAGCAGAAGAACUGGACCCUCGACCAGCAUCACAUCGCCAACCUGUGUGACUCCCUCAACCACUUCCUCACCCAGACUGGUCACAUGCCCCCGCAAGGGGGCUCCCACCGACCACCUGCCCCUGCCCGCAUCACUGACUCCUGUGCCCUCACCAGUGGUAAAGCGGAGCCAUCCAUGAACCAAGUGAACUCUUAUGGGCAUCCACAAGCCUCCCAUCUCUACCCUGGCCCAGCACCUAUGUACCCAAUCUCCACCCAGGACACAACAGGAUACAGUCGCCCAGCACACCACAUGGUUCCGCGGCCGCCCGUCCCACCUCCUGGUGCCACUGAGGAGAUUGCUGACGACUUCGACUGGGACUUGAUCACUUAGUGAGUCAGAGUGGACGUCAGCCCAAGGCCUGCUGGUGGAGUCUCGCCGUGGCGGAAGAACGGUCCCCGCCCAUCCUCCCCAAACCUGUAUAUAGAUAUAUAGCUUCUGUCUGUUCUCUCUGUCAGAGAAGCCACCGCGAGAUGCUGCCGAAGAUAACCCCUUUCCUUCCUCAUUCUCCGGUUCCCUCCUAGUUCUUUUAUUAUUAUUCUAAUUAUAUUAUUGUUAUUAUUGGU